AUGGGGAGGACGCAGGCGACGGCAUUUCUGCUGCUGACGUUGCUCGCGGCGGUAGAGGUGGAGGCGGGGAGGCAGCCGGAGGGCGGCGAGAAGGCGUGCGACAGGGGGUGGGAGUGCAGCGGCAGCCGGUUCUGCUGCAACGGGACUGUCACCGACUACUUCAGGGCCCGCCACUUCGAGAAGCUCUUCCCGACGCGCAACGACGCAAUCGCCCACGCCGCCGGCUUCUGGAGCUACCAGGCAUUCAUCGCCGCCGCCGCCCUCUUCGAGCCUCGCGGGUUCGGCACCACCGGCGGCAAGGAGAUGGGGAUCAAGGAGGUCGCCGCAUUCCUCGGGCACGUCGGCGCCAGGACCUCGCGUGUACGCUUUUCUCUGCUCCCGACUCUAGCUUCAGGGGGCUCAACGGCCUGGGGUCUUUGCUACAAGCGUGAAAUGAGUCCACACAACAAUUAUUACUGUGACCACAGCAACAAGUUAUAUCACUGUGUCAAAGGAGUCAAAUACUACGGGCGAGGCGCUCUUCUUGUUUACUGGAACUACAACUACGGAUUAAUUGGUAAGGGUAUCAAGCAGGAUCUGUUGAGUCACCCAGAGUUACUGGAAAAGAAUGCCACCUUAGCAUUUGAAGCUGCGAUUUGGAGGUGGAUGACUCCGGUGAAGAGGGGGCAGCCGUCAGCCCAUGAUGCCUUUGUUGGCAACUGGAAACCAACCAAGAAAGAUAUUUUGUCCCGGAGGUAUCCUGGCUUUGGCAUGACAAUGAACAUCAUGCAUGGUGAUCGCAUCUGUGGUCGAGGGUUCACUGAUGAGAUGAUCAUCAUCAUAUCCCAUUACAUGUAUUAUCUCGAUCUGAUGGGAGUUAAACGUCAGUAUGGACAUAGCGUGGAUUGUGCUAACCAGGUGGUAUUCAAUCCGUCCUCUAAGAGUUCCCGCUCAUAA